AUGUCUACCGCCUCUUUGUCCAUCGUCCAGCCAAAGAGCAGUCAUCUUUCACUGCCAAAGGGCACUGAGGCUUUCGAGGAGCUGAAGGACAAAGUUCUGGGUGAAUUCGCAGCCAAAGUACCAUUGGAACUCCGGCUACCGCAAGCUUUAAUUGAUGAUCCACCCAAAGACGUGUCGAAUAUUCCCCGAGAGUGUGGCAUCUUAUCAGCCAAUGAUCUUGAAAUUACUGAUCAGUAUGAUGCAGUAGCACUUGCUGAGGCUAUCGCAAGUAAAAAGCUGACCGCUGUCGAGGUUGCGACGGCUUUUGCUAAACGAGCAAUUAUUGCCCAUCAGCUAACAUGCUGCCUGGUUGAUUGGUUUUUGGACGAGGCGAUUGAGCGCGCUCGAUUACUUGAUCGCCAUCUCGAAGAGACGGGAAAGACUGUCGGGCCUCUUCAUGGCGUUCCCAUUAGUGUCAAGGAGCACAUGCCACUGGCAGGACAUUAUUCUGCCACCGGGUAUUGGGAUACUAGGGUCUUGGAUACUGAAGACUGCCAGAUGAUGGCUAUUCUCAGGGCUGCGGGUGCCGUCUUCUACUGCAAAACGCUCCAGCCGCAGUCGAUUAUGCACUUGGAAACAGUGUCGCUCUUGGGUCGCACUCUAAACCCUUUCAACAUCAACCUCACGGCAGGUGGUUCAACAGGCGGUGAGGCUGCUCUAAUAGCAAUGAGAGGUUCUGUUCUUGGUGUUGGGACAGAUAUUGGAGGCAGCGUACGGUGUCCUGCCGGAGCCUGUGGCAUCUAUGGUUUCAAGCCGACCUCGUACACCUUGCCCAUGUCGGGAUUCUUGCCGGAGGGUUUUGGGGCCGAGCUAAAUGUCUUGUGCUCAACUGGGCCAAUGUGCACAUCUCUUCGUGACAUGGAUCUGUUUAUGAGGGUCCUGGUGGCUGCGAAGCCGUACCUGAGCGACCCGCGCCUUAUUCCAAUUCCUUGGACAGGUUUGAGCGGUGCAAAGAAGUCGCCACUAAAAAUUGGCUUCAUGAUGAAUGACGGUGUGAUUGAACCACAGCCACCGGUCAGCAAAGCUUUGAUGUGGGCCAAGGUUCAGUUGGAGAAAGCGGGCUCGUUCGAAGUGAAGGAGUUUAAACCAUUCAAGGUGGCAGAGGCAAUGAAGAACAUCCGCCUCGCCUACUGGCCUGAUGGGGGGAAGGCAGUCAAGGCUCACCUUGCCAGCACAGGAGAGCCCAUGCUUCCUCUAACUCAAUGGAUCAUCAAAGAUGCUGAAGGAGAGGACAUCGGCACCGCUGGGGUUUUGCGACAGCGAGUAAUCAGGGACUUGUUUCGUGCAGAGUUUGCAAGUCAUUGGACGGAACAGGACGUUGAUGUGGUGAUAAGCCCGGCUUUCGUCGGUCCAGCUUGUUUGCAUGAAACGGCCUUCUACUGGAACUACACGGCUUUCUGGAAUUAUGUCGACUGUCCUGGCGUGUGCCUCCCAACGCCAUUCAAGGCGGGAAAGAAGGGCACUGAAGACUACCCAGAAGACAAACAGACACCAUUGAGCGAAGAAUGCAAGCACGUCAGACAACUAUGGGCUGAAGGUGACUUUGAGGGUGCUCCCAUUGACAUCCAGGUUUGUGCUAGGAAGUAUCAUGACAAUGAUCUGUUUGCCGCGUUAGAGGCGAUGAAAGACACCCUCCAGUUUUAA